CCCUGCUCCGCGCGGCAUACACGGAAGUGGCUUCUUCAAUCUGAUAAUCCCGGCGUUUGUGGUAGUGUCUCUUCAGGUGGCGAUUACUACACAGAAUGACAGGAGUGCGAGGGCCCGGGGAGAGCCGAGACACCGCCAUGGCCAUGGAGCAGGACAUAUUCGAUGCCGUCGUGAUGGCGGAUGAAAGAUUCCAUGGGGAGGGAUAUCAGGAAGGCUAUGAAGAAGGCAGUAGCUUGGGACUUGCUGAAGGAAAGCAGUAUGGCGUGUUACAUGGAGCCAAAAUUGGAUCUGAGAUUGGAUGCUACCGGGGUUUUGCUCUUGCAUGGAAGUGUCUCCUACACAGUGGCGCUGGUGAGAAAGACAGCAGGAAGCUGAAGGUGGUGGAGGCUCUGAUCACCCUGCUUCAGGACUUUCCCUAUGAUGAUCCCACUUACGAGACGCUCCAUGAAGACCUGGACAGAAUCAGAGGGAAGUUCAGACAGCUGUGUUCACUGCUCAACGUGCAGCCAGACUUCAAGGUGACUUCAGGAGGCUCUGCACUUGCGUUUUGAGGAUCCACAGAAGAGCAGAUGUCUGCACAUUGUCACAGUCAUUAAAGGCAAGCCUGAGAGGCAUCCGUUGUUCUGGGGGAAGACCAGUUUGGCCUCGUCCCUGAGGCUCUGCCUGGGUGGCUUGCAGAGGUCUGACCACCCUGCCAUCUGCGGGGGCAGCACACUCAAGAGACUGCUUGCCACUGGCCUGAGUGAGUGGUCCUGGGUACGGUUACCCUGAGGGUGGGACUCAUAGAGACAGGCUGCUGUGAAAUCUGCUCGUGGGAAGCCAUGACGGGGUCUUUGCUGUCUGCUGAACCUCUGCUGGCCACGCUUGGGCCCCCUUGGUUCCAUUCCACCCUUCUGGCAGCCCCGGGGUGGAUACCAUGCUGGCUGAGAGGCCAUGAGGUAGACCCAUCUAGUCUGAGCACCUGGCGGCAGAGCUGGCUCCCACCUCAGCUCCAUGCCCUGCAGUACCACAUGGUGCCUCUGCCUCCAGCAUGUGUUGGCAUUGCCCACACCACUGGAGGACCCAGAUUCCUGCUGUGGGCACAGGACUCAGGCUCCAUUGGGUUUGGUUUGCCUCUGGAUGCCCAGUUGAGAAGACAAGGCCAGCCUGAUCCUUAGGAAGCUGGAGCUGGUAGCCCUUGUGCUACCCCUAAACAGCUCUGGGAUGAGCUCUACACUUUAAAAGGUGGCAGUAGAGCACACGCCUUUAAUCCCAGCGCAGAGAGGCAGCAGGCUGAUCUCUGAAUUUGAGGUCGGCCCAGACUACAGAAUGAAUUAAAAAACAAACAAACAAAAAGUGGUAUUGGGGGAACUACAGGGAACCAAAGCAGGACUACGUGGGGGCCGGCACAUGCGUAGGGCUUGCCUCGGCGACACUGUGCCUCCUUUAGCCGCUGCUUGCGUGUCUGUCACCGUAUUUACAGGCAGGUAUAAGGUGAGCUGGCAGGAGUGGGCUCAGGGCUCUCAGGCAUUUCUGUAGAGAGAAGAUCUUUGUGUUGUAUGGAUGCAUCACCUGUCAAUCAUGGCCUGUGGCUUAGGCAGGAAAUAGAGGCGGAACAUCUGGGAGAGAGAAAGAAUUCUGGGAUACAGAGGUGGGAGAUCUGCCAGGGAAGAUGUGAGGAGACGGACACAUAGUGCCUGAGCAUAGGUAACCAGCCAUGUGGCAGAAUGCAGGUUAAAAUAAAUGGUUAUCUUUAGUUAUGAUCUAGUCAGAGCAGAUGUCCAAGUUUUGUAAAUUUGAGUCUGAAUCUGAUUUUUGGCAGCAUGAGGCUGUAAGGAAGAACUGGGCCUAACGUGUACACAUGUCACAGGUGUGGGCACACAUGACAGCAUGUGUUGACAUGCCCUCCUUUGGGUGGCCCAGCUAUCCCUACUUCAGUUCCAUGUUGUGACAGGGUCACCAUGGAUGCAUGCCACUUAGAGUUUGGGGUUCUCUUUGAUUUUAAUUUUCUUUUAUAGUCACUACAUAGUCCAAGCUGGCCACAAAGGGUGAUCCUCCUGCUUCAGUCUCCCAAGUGCUGGGAUCUUAGGCCUGUGGCCCUAGGACACUGUUUUUAACAUCAUUUUACAGCAUGAGUAGGGGGACCUUUGUGCAGCUGGAGCUGUUCCCUCCUUCCAUCAGCAGAGCCAGUGGGGGUGCUGGGGCCGGGGCCUGAGGCUUAGGGCAGCACGCAUCCGGCCUCCUGAGCCUGGCAGCUGCCUCUCAGGUCUGCAACGCCGCUCUCCUAGCGGCUCCCAGGAUCACGCUUUCUCCAGUGGGCUGCUCGGGGUACUGAGCUCGGAGGGCUGUGGCUGCUGUUAUAAUCAUAUUUUCCUUUCCUAUUAUAUUUGGAAAAAAGAAUAAAUGGUAUAUUUUAAAGCA